AGGAUGACCACAUCAGCUGGUUAUAAACCACGGUGCUUCCUGGACAUCGAGAUCGAUGGAAAGUCAGAAGGAAGAAUUGUGUUCGAGUUAUUUGCUGAUGUUUGUCCCAAAACCUGUGAAAAUUUCCGUUCACUAUGCACAGGAGAGAAAGGAGUUGGACAGAAGUCGGAGGUACCCCUCCACUACAAGGGAGCCCCAGUUCACCGUGUGGUUAAGGACUUUAUGAUACAAUCAGGCGAUUUCACCAAAGGUGAUGGUACUGGGGGAGAGUCUAUAUAUGGAGGGAUGUUUCCAGAUGAGAAUUUUGUGUUGAAACAUGACAAAGAAUUUCUUCUGUCCAUGGCAAAUCGUGGAAAAGACACAAAUGGCUCCCAGUUUUUCAUAACAACAAAACCUGCACCACAUCUUGAUAACAAGCACACAGUUUUUGGACAUGUAAUCUUUGGUCAAGAAGUGGUCAAGAAGAUUGAGAAUUUAGAGACAGAUGAAAAAAGUCGCCCAAAGGUUGAUGUGAAAAUUGCCAACUGUGGAGAAUUAGUUCUUCAAGUAAAACCCAAAGCUAAAAAGAGAAAGAAACACUCGGAGUCAGAAGCCAAGAGUUCUGAUGAGUCAGAUGAGUCAUCUUCAGAAACAGAGAAAACCAAAAAGAAGAAGAAGAAACACAAAAAAGAAUCCAAAAAGAAGAAGCACAAGAAGAGAAAAAAAGAGGAAGAAAGUGCUAAGAAUGAGCAGAAAGAAGAGGAAAUCACCACAGUGUUUGCUCAGAUUCGUCCGGAUGAAAUUCCUGAUGUUCCUCAACAGAAAUUCUUAAGCAGGUUCAACAGAGAGGAGGAAAUGGAAAAAGAGAAGUCCCCUCCAGGCUAUGGCAACCGUCGGAGAAUUGAUAGGAUCCCCUAUGGAAACAAGCCCAAAUUUACAGCCAGUGGGAGAAAGAUAAAAGGCCGUGGCACAUUGAGAUACAGGAGUAGGAGUAGAAGUGAAACACCGCCACACUGGAGGCAAGCAGUGGAAACACGACUGAGAUCUACCCAACAACAGCAGCAGCAGCCCUACCCAGGGGAGGAUCAAGGUCGAGAAGAGAGGUGGACGAGGGGCGAGAGAAUGAAUGAUCGGAGGGACAGACAGCCAAUGAGGGAGAGGCACAUACAGGAAAACAAUCAAGAAUCAAGGAGGAGGAGGGAAGACAAGCCAGAGAGAAUGGAAGAUGACAAGAAGUUGAGGCAGGACAGAUCUGACAAGGUGUCAAGGAGGGAUAGACAGGAAUCGAUGAGAGAGGACAGAUCUCCUGAUAGACAUAGAGACAGAGAGACUGACAGAGGGACAAAUAGAAGGCAAGACAGGGAGUUUGAAAGAGAGAAAGACAGAGGAACAAAUAGAAGGCCAGACAGGGAGGCUGAUAGAGAGAAAGACAGAGGAACAAAUAGAAGGCCAGACAGGGAGAGUAAUAAGAGGAAAGACAGUAUGGAGGAAAGGAGAAAGAAAGAGAGAAGCCCUUCCUCAGAGGGUGAAGUUUCUGAUGAUUCCUCACCUCCCAGACAGAGGGAGAGGGAUAAGUCUGGUAUCAGGAAUAGAAACAGGAACAGAUCUCCAGAUGAUUAUAGAGAGAGGAGGCGGAACUCGGAGCGAGACGGCAGACGACUAGAGGUCAGGCCAGGUCCCCAGAGGUCAUCCACUCAAGACAGACGAAGGAGAUCAAGCUCAGAAGAUUCAGAUAAAAGAUCAAGGUCAAAAGAGAGGAUGCGUAGAAGGUCAAGGUCAGAUUCCAGGAGCAAGGCCAGGAGAAGAUACAGCUCAAGUAGAAGUAAAUCAAGUUCACGGUCACGAAGUCUCGAGAGAAAACCUCCACCUGGAAGAUUUAUUAAGAAGAAAUCAGAGAGUCCUCCCCCAACACACUGGAAACCUGGUCAGAAGUCACUGAGUUCAGACUCGCGCAAUAGGGAUCAGCCAAAUUCCUCUAGAGUUAAUGGUGGACCGAACAGUUCCAAAUAUAGUCCACCUAGACGAGAAAACCUGGAAGAACGAAGAGAGAUCCGGGAAAAUGAAUUUAGAAAUGACAGCAGAAGAUCUCCAGAUAACAGGGGAUCUGACCAUCCAAAUAAACCCACUGAAAUUCUGCAGCAAAGUAGAAUACAGUAUGACUUGGAGAAGAAGGAAGUCCCCAUCAAGGCCCAUCCAGUGAAGUCAUUAAAUGAUUCUAAGCAAAGGAGGUCAAGGUCAUCAUCCUCUAGCAGAUCUAGGUCAAGGUCAGAUGAUUCAAGAAGUUCUUCAUCUAGUUCAGGUGAAUCUGAUGAUGGUGGUAUUGCUGAAGAACAAAAGAAAGAAAAGAAAGUUGAGGAGAGAUUUAAAUGGCAGCCACCCCCAGAACCAGAAGAAGAGUUUAAGCCCAGACAAAGGGCUUCUCAUGCAGAUACAAAAGAAGAGAGUGUACGGACAUCAUUAAGGAUUAAAACUCCACCCCUGCCCCCACUGGGACAAGUGGCAGAAGCCACAUCAGAACUAGCCAGAAGGAGCAACAGAUGGGACAUGCAGACAACUGACAGGCAAAGGAAUUUAAGUGAGAAAAGGCCCAGUCCUCCCCCUAUAGAUAGAAAGCCGGUUAGUCCACGUAAAUCUAGACGUUCUUCAUCAAGGUCAUCAACAUCAAGCUCUGGUAGCUCCAGCUCACGUUCUCCAUCACCUACAAGCAAGUUCUUGUAUGGAGAAAGUGAAAAUAAGAAGAUCAGUGAACCUCUGAAAUCAUCUACCAAUCAGCAAGCAGCAGCAGGAGGAUUCAGUAAGGUGUUAACUAGUAUGCUAGAUAUACCAAUCCCAGCAGCACCUGAAAAAUCGCCAGAAAAACAGAAGGAAGCAAAGUCUACUCUUGAUGAGAGAAUCAAAGACUUUAAUGUCAAUGUGUCUAAAUCAAAGGUGGAAAUAGCAACACGAAGGACAAGAUCAAAAAGCUCCAAAUCCUCCUCAUCUGACAGAUCUAGCAGGUCAGGGUCACCUAAAACCUUUAAGACCAGACAGAGGUCACCUGAAAGGAAGCAAUCAUCAAAAUCUCCCAUAAGAUCUAAUAGGAAUUCUUUAAGGUCACCAGGGUCAGGAAGAAAAAGGUCUGGUAGUCCUCAACAGAAAAGAUCGUCUGCAAAUCGGUCGAGAAGUCCAAAAAAGCCAACAUUUAGGAGAUCAGUAUCCCCAAGGAGAUCCAAAUCCCCAAGGAGGAGGUCAUUUUCACCUAGAAGGUCAAGGGCUUCAAGAGGAAGAUCAGUUUCACCAAGAAGAGUAAGGUCACCUAGAAGGUCAACAUCAAGAAGAAGAAGGUCAACAUCAAGAAGACGAUCCAUUUCACCCAGAAGAUCCAGAUCCCCAAGAAGAUCAUCAUUCAGACGAUCAAUUUCUCCGCGCAGACGAGCCCCAUCGUAUCGAUACAGGUCUCCAAUAAGGAGAAGGCUGUCUCCUCGCCGUAGAAGUAGGUCAAGGAGUCGAUCCAGAAGACGGUCUCCAAUCAGAUCCAGGCAGAGGUCUAGAAGUCGCAGUCGAAGAAGAGGGAGGAGUUCUAGUUCUAGAAGCAGAAGUAGAAGUAGGAGACGGAGCAGAAGUGGUAGUAGAGGCAGAAAGCGCAGCAGAAGUGGCAGUAGAGGCAGAAUCCGUAGCAGAAGUGGCAGUAGAGGCAGAAAGCACAGUAGAAGUGGCAGUAGAGGCAGGAAUCGCAGUAGAAGUGGCAGUAGAGGCAGAAUGCGCAGCAGAAGUAGAAGUAGGCAGCGUAGCAGAAGUAGAGGACGUAGUGACAGUCCUAGAGGCAGACGGAGAAGUAGGAGUGGAAGUAGGCGGCGAAGUAGAAGCAGACGACGAAGUAGGAGUAGAUCAUAAAUCAGCUGGAGAUAUUUUCACCAAAAAUCUAUUUGCUAUGUUGAUAGCAGUAGAAAUAAGUAUUGUUUGUAGAAGGUUGACCACUGGCUGAUUUAUAGUACAAUUUUAUAACAUUUUAUAGAAUAUGGCAUAUCAGCCAUUAAGAUGGAAUUUUCUUCCAUAUUCUGAUCUUUUAUUUAGAAAGUUAAUUAAUUAUGAGUGAUGAUCAUCCAUUCAAUUUUUACAAGAUAUGCAUAAAUUGUACAUAAUGUACAUAGGCAAACCUUUGCCUAUAAUGUGUACCACUGUCGUUUGGUAGAAACAUGCUUUAUUCUGUACCUACAUUUGUCAUUGUGUGAGUGUUUAGGAGUUUUACAAACUUAGGUGUCAUGUACAUUCAUCUGUCUGGUCAGGAAUUACUGGUUGUAAACCCAGUGACAACAUCCCAGUGUGGUACAUUUUGUGUACUUUCCUCUGUUUUGUUCAGUCACAGACAUUUUAUGUCCAAAGACUUUUAAAUAUUCUUGUAUUGAAAUAUACAAUGAUUUUCAAUUCCAGAAUAAUUUCUUAGACAUUUUUCACAGUUGUCAUUAAAUAGUCCUCGUGUUCAUGAGUGAAUUAACUGUAUGAAGAGAUAUAUUUAAAAAAAAAAGCAGGCAAUUUUUCAUAAGAAACUUGUGUGCAGGGAGAUAUUGAUCUCUGAUAUUUAUCUCCAAAAAGAUAAUUUUCUUUUGUAUCAACCUUUUCACUGUAAAAAUUUGAAUAAUGGAAAACCAUUAUUGGUUGCUCAAAAGAAAAAUAUGUGAACUUUGGUUUUAAAUUAAUAUACAGCACAACAUUAAAUGUUUUCAAACAUUGAAAUAUUGAUACUAUCCUUAUAUUUCUUCUCCUCAAGAAAUAUUGAAAAAUGAACAAAUAUUACAACAUUUACUUUUUGGGUUUAUUUUCCCUUAGAAAUUUCUCUUUGACCCUUGGCACAAUUUGUACACUGAUAUG